AUGCCGCCUCCUGCAUCGCACCGAAGAACGGCUGCCUUCUCCUUGCGCAAAAGGGGCCAUGCGGCUGAGAAGGCAUUCCUCUCUGCCAGGCAUCGGCCACCUCCGCGCGAGAAAAGGCAGGAAAUUGGAAGCCCCUCCAAACACGGCUCAAUAUUUCCUGCUGCGAACAUCGGCCAAGCUGCCAAUGAGCGCCUGCUCCCUGCCUUGAACGGCCCCGAAGCGACGAAUCACGGCCGGCCUCUGGUUUCAGCAAGGACAGCGGCUUUGGUCACGACGCAGUGGCGGCCACCUCGCGCACCUCAGCUGGCGGAGCGUCUGCAAAUGAUCAUGUAA